CGCGGAAGAAGCAUUUUCAUUCGUUAAUAAUGGCGCCUUUUAUUCCCACAUGUCACCAACCAAAAAACCUACUCCCCAAUCAAAAACCUACUCGCCGAUCGCCGCUCAGCUCUGUAUAUGGACCCUCGCCUAGCUUCUCGGCCAAAUUUCCCGAUGAUCCGCCGGGUGGGCUUUUUACCUCCUCAAUUACCCCAUUCUGAUCCGCUCGAAGAUCCACGGUCAAUAUUGCAGUCUUCAAGUACCAUCUUGUCCCCCGUGAUGAUUGUUCCUCACCCUCUCCGCGACUCCGACGCUGCUUCCCAUUCCGCAGGCAUUCCGGUUCCCGCCACAGCUUCCAUGCGGAUUUCGCAGGGCGACGGCGAGGACGAUGCGCAGUUAGUUGUCGGGAGCUACGACGCCUCCCAAACUGUUGCCGGAAGCUCACCGACGUCUAGCGGAAUCGGCCUAGUAGCUGGUGAGUUCUCCAUGGACUCGGCUAACUGGAUUCUCCCCGAAGAUUCGCAGAAGUUACUCCCGGCUUUGUGCAACGUCGGCUCUGAACAUACCACAGCCGCAGACAAGUUGGCUGGCCCCAACAGCACUUCGAAGCGUGGUGGAAUAUCUGACAAUGACGAUGGUGGCCAAAAAGCAGUGGAGAAGCCGAAACAAGUGCAAGAAAGCUCAAAGCAGCAAAAAGAGAAAACUACAAAAGCAGAAAGGAGAGCUCUCCAGGAGGCUCAAAGAGCUGCCAAAGCUGCUUCAAGAGCUGUUGGCAAUAAACCUGCGGUUGGGGGAUCACCAGCUUCAGUAUGUGAAAAAAGUGAAGAAAUUCCAAAAGUUUUGAAGCAAAGUUCACAUAAGCAAGAUAGCAACAUAAUGUCAACCUCAUCAACCAUGGAGAAGAAAAGAAGUAACCAAACACUGGUGAAAGAUAGGAAAAAUGAUAUUCCUGCACCACGCAUGCAGUUUGAUGAUAAGGGCCGUGUAGCAAAGGCCAAAAAGCGUGCAUUACUUAAACAAACGGAAUCUAGAAAUAGAGUAGAGAUGUUUCUGCAUUUGCGUCAGUAUGAACAUGGAACUCAGCUUCAUGAUCUUGAGUCAAAAUUCUUCCAGCUUGAUUCAAUGCAUCCUGCUAUAUACAAGGUCGGGGUACAACAUUUGGCUGGAGAUCUUUCUGGGAGUAAUGCACGCUGUGUUGCUAUGCUUCAGGCAAUUAAGGAAGCCAUUAACGACUACUCCCUUCCCCAGGGAAAAACAUUCGUAACUAGUGAUAUAAUUUCAAAGAUCAAAAGUUAUGCUUCAUAUUUUGACGAAUGCAGGCCACUAUCAAUCAGUAUGGGUAAUGCAAUUCAGUUUUUAAGGGGCCGUAUAGCCAAGUUACCUCACACAUUAUCCGAAUCAGAAGUAAAGGAAAAUUUGUUUUCAGAUAUAGAUGGUUUCAUCAAUGAGAAGAUAGUUUCAGCAGAUAAAGUAAUAAUAGGACAUGGUGUCAAAAAAAUCAAGGAUGGUGAUGUCAUUCUAACAUACAGUUCAUCAUCUGUUGUUGAGAUGAUUAUAUUACAUGCUUAUGAGAUCGGAAAACGAUUUCAAGUUGUCAUAGUAGACUCUCGCCCCAUGCUUGAAGGCCAAGCACUACUUCAAAGACUGCUAAAGAAGGGAAUCAACUGUGCAUACACUCAUAUAAGUGCUGUUUCUUACAUUAUGCAUGAAGUCUCAACGGUUUUCCUGGGAGCAGCAUCUAUAUUAGCUAAUGGUACUGUGUACUCAAAAGUGGGGAGUGCAUGUGUUUCAAUGGUUGCUCAUGCUUUCCGUGUUCCUGUUCUGGUUUGCUGUGAAGCUUAUAAGUUUAGUAAGCGGGUGAUGCUUGAUUCAAUUUGCUGCAAUGAAUUAGGGAAUCCGAAUGCAGUUUCCCUGGUUCCUAAAAGAUUAGGUGCCAAUUAUUUGAAGAAUUGGACCGAUACAGAAAAUCUUCAGAUUUUAAAUUUAGUUUACGAUGCUACUCCAUCAGACUACAUCUCAAUGAUCAUAACAGAUUAUGGCAUGGUACCCACCACCAGUGUGCCUGUGAUUGUUCGCGAGUACGGAAAGGAGCAUCUCUUCUUAUAGUAUUAUUAUGUUCAAGCUCAUAUACAUUUUUCUCCUCAGCCGAGAUAUAAUAUUACUGAAUGGGAGGGUACUAGGGUGUGGGUGUGUAGUCGCACUUGUGCCUAACAGGUAGGAGUGGACUCGGGCUGGGCCAACCGGCCCGGAACCGGACCGGCCCGCUACUGUACGGGCCCGGACCGGCCCGGUGAACCGGUUGUUGGCCGGUUCGGGCCACCCGGCCCGGUGGGAUGGCGGUUCGGGCUCGGGCCCUUCAAAAGGUGAACCGGGCCCGAACCGGAACCGGUCCAUCCCUACUAACAGGCAAGUCAUACAUGUCAGUAUGUCACUACUAUAUAUUGGUAUAGGAUAGAAUAGGACGAUGAGCUAGUUUUGACAUUCCCAUCUAUCUGAUUAGCAGUUUUUACUAGGAAUUUAUUUAUUGAUUUAUAUGUAUUGUUAUUAGAAAAAUAAUGACAAAUUUUCACUUAUCAUAGAAUGAAUGAACAAUCUUGUGAAAAAGAUAAAUACG